GCAGUAUAUUACACUGGAGACUCACAAAGCCCUGUAACAGGAACUAUACUCUACAGCGCCUUCACUUCUCAGAGGUCGGUCACAAGUUCCCGAGCAGCACAGCCCCUGUAGACACUUCCCCUCAGGGAGGGCGUUUCCUACACCGGCAAGAGGGAGACAGACACUCAGGAUCAGGGACUAAAAGCGUCAAACUGAACUUAAACCGAGUCACAAAGUUGCUGGAAAGCUGCUGCUUCGCCUGAGACACCCGACCAGUUGAAUGAGCAACCACUACUCCUCUAACGGCAGGCCGAGCCUCCGGAUGGAGCACCUGUACAAGGUGCUGGUGAUCGGAGACCUGGGCGUCGGGAAGACCUCCCUGAUCCGGCGCUACGUCCACCAGACCUACUCCACCAACUACCGGGCCACCAUCGGGGUGGACUUCGCCCUCAAGGUUCUGAACUGGGACUCUGAGACUGUCCGGCUCCAGCUGUGGGACAUUGCAGGUCAGGAGCGAUUUGGAAACAUGACGCGAGUGUACUACCGUGAAGCCAUGGGAGCCUUCAUAGUGUUCGACGUGACACGGUCCACGACCUUUGAGGCCGUCAUCAAGUGGAAAGAGGACCUGGACUCCAAACUAAUGCUGACUAACGGACAGAGCAUUGCCACUGUGCUGCUGGCUAACAAGUGCGACCAGGGCAGGGAGUUGACCAACAACGGCAUCAAAAUGGACCAGUUCUGCAAGGACCACGGCUUCGUUGGGUGGUUUGAGACUUCAGCUAAGGACAAUGUCAACAUCAGUGAAGCUGCAAACUUCCUGGUCAAGCACAUCAUGGCCACAGAGAGUGACAUCCUGAAAAGCGUAAUACCGGACACCAUCUCGCCUCAGCACGACUCCAACAGGCAGAUGAGCUGCUCUGGCUGCCUCAAAUAAUGAGAGGAGACGGAGCAGAACGGAGACACAGUAGGACAAAGAGGGACAGGCACACCACACAGUCUUCCAAGGAAAACUGAGUAACUACAGUACUGAUCCGCUUCUUUGGUUCCAAACCAGAGUUGAAGAUUUUAGGUUGCCGUGGUUUGUUUGUGUUCUCAGUGCCCGCCCAAUUACAAGAGAACCAAAACUAAAAUCGCAUGGACUAAGAAGUUGCACAUUUAUUAACAGAGUUUUGGUAACUCGUCAUACUGCGAGUUUAAAGUUCUUGGCAGACAAACAACUUCAACGCUUGUCUGUGCUCUUUGGCAUUGAUUAUUCAAAGUAUCAAACAGUCUCAACUUGCCUUUUUGGGGCUGUUCUUUUAGCUGGGAAACUGGCACUCAAACUGUUGGACCAAUCUGAACAAACGGACUAAAUGCUCCCAACAUGCUUGAUGCAACAUGCCCAAAGAUGUGCAGUAAUUACAGAAUGAAAACAGGAGUCUUGUUGUCGGUGUGAUUGUGUAGCUGUUUUCCCUAUAUUACCUUCACCCCCGCCUGCACCUAAACUCUGUGAAAAAAAACAGUGUGGCUUCCUUUACCGUUAUCCUGCAAGAGCCAAAGAAAGCAGUAUUGACUGUAAUUAUGUGAAUUUUGCACAUACAUGUUUUUUUUAUUAUGAUUUUAAGUUAUUUACAAUAUGCUUUUAUGAGUAUUGUAAUGCUGGUUAAUGUAUUGUGUUAUUCUGGGUAAAAUCCUUCCUAAAACUGAUACUGAUCUAUAUCAUAGAUAUCCUAGCAAGAACGUGUUGGGCUGCAAAGAAAGGAAGAGUUAGACACACAAACAUCCUGGAGCUUGCCUAUACAGUAUAGCUAGUCUUUUAUGGCCAGUGUGCAGUUUUAUUGGAGCAGUUCAGGUUGAAGUGAUCAAAGGUUUGUCAGACAUGUUCGUUAAAGGAAGAGAGUGAUUGUCCUUCUGUCUAAAGUUUGCUGCCACUGCAGUAUAUCUGGCUGCAACCUCCGACAGAAGUGAUUUCUGUUGUGCGUGUGUGUGUUAUUUUUCUUCAUCAGAAGAAAAGUUGUGUUGAUUGUCUGGAUUUAAAUUGGACUUUCUCAUGAGUUCACUUGCCAAAGUCUAACCCUCUGUAUCCAUGGUAACUAGAUCAUUUUUAUGGGUAUCCUCUAACAUCCGUGUGAAGCUAUUUCUCGCUGUGCUCACAACCACACAGGCACACACACACACACAAACCCAUCUCCAUCUCCAUGUCCUUGCAUCUUUUUUACCUAAUCCUUUCUCCUCUCCCACUCCAUCCUCCAUUAUUGUUUCUUAUUCUGAAAAAAUUAUCUGCCCUCUCUAAAUAUGGCUUCUUCCUGUGUCUUUCUUUGAUAUGUCCCCUGCCGCUCUUUUUCUUACUUUCUCUCUGAUGCACAUUCAGUGUGUACAGCACAUUAUAUAAUACUUUUAUUGAUCUUCCAACAAGUUGACUCUGUGAAGUUGUUUUCCUCUUUUUUUUGUGACCUUGCACCUCUGUAUUACUUGAUAGCACUUCUGUAAAAAGGCAAGGCAGUUGAACCCACUGUCGUCAAUGUUGCGUCUUUUUUCUUAGUGUAACUUAAGACAGAGAAGAUUUGUGACCUUAUAUAAACUUACGUUUUUAUACCCAAGUCCCUGGUUGUCAAAUGUGCCAAACCUAGAUAGAAUCAAUUGCAUUAUGUGUGGUCUGUUGCCAUUUACACAGAUUUAUAGUACGUGUUUUAAUGACGUGUGUGUUACAUUGUCUCCUCCAGCUGCUGUUGGUCAGCAGUGCUUGCACAGUAUUUAUAAGCCUGAUCACAACAGAGUCAUGUGUUAUUGUGUGAGAGUUCCUGGUGGUCGUUUUACAGCAUGCACAUGAGUGAGGGCCUGAUAGACUUAAACAAUACCCUCUCCACAGGAUUACAAUUUCACAGUGUUAGUUUGGCUCAUCAUGAGGGCAUGUGACAUCAUGUGACAUCAGGAUGGCGUUACUAGAAAGCACUGCAUGCACACACACUCUCACACACACACACACACACUGUCUGUCGGAUAAUACUUAGUGACAAAUAAUCAAAUGUUUUGUCUCACAAGUAAACUGAGUCGAUUACACCUCUUGUGCAUUGUUCUUGUUCAUUAUUUAUUGUAAAGCAGUAAAAAAAAA